CGCAAAGCGAAUAACAUCAUUCGAGAUUUAACUCCGACCUCUAUCAACAUGCAGGUGCUCCUUAUCGCCUCUUUCGUCGGCUUCGCCGCUGCCGCCUUCCUGCCCAACUACGAGGCGAACCGGCCGCAAGCUGGCUUCGAAAAGAACGCGCGUAUCAUCGCUUUGGACUCUGAGGUCAAAGAGGACUCCUACCGGUGGAACUACGAGACCGAAAACGGCAUCAAGGCUGAGGAGCAGGGCCGUGAGGCUGACGGUAUCGAAGCGCAAGGUGGCUUCCAGUACACCGGUGAUGAUGGCCAGGUCUACUCUGUGAGCUACACCGCCAACCAGGGAGGCUUCCAACCCCAGGGCGCCCACUUCCCCACUCCACCACCCACCCCCGAGGCCAUCCUGAAGGCUCUUGAGCAGAACGCCCGCGAUGAAGCCGCUGGCAUCAUUGAUGAUGGUCAGUACAACCCAGCCAAAUACGGAGGUUCAUCCGGCGCCGCCGCCUUCACGCAAAACUACAACGCUCGCGCGCAAGCCGGUUUCAGACGAUUCUAGAUUUAAAAAGGCAACUCCCGCUAUUUGAUAGUACGUGGUAAUGCGUUGAGUACAGUCCAGUAUAAUACGACUAAAUUAAAUAGGUCUUAUAAUUGUGAUACUAAAAAACUUAGAUCUUUUGAAAAAGAUUAGCUUGUGCUGUCAUGUGUCCCAUAAUGCUAUUGAGUGUUAUUGUUCCCAUAUCCCUGACCCAUCCGAGCUUCCAAUCCCACCAUCCCACUAUCCCACCUAUAUCCUAAUCCCAUUGAAGCUAGAAAAAUAUCCAAAAUUAUGGAUAUUUUCAAGCGUAUAUUGCUAACAAGGUGAUAUCAUCUCCCCUCCCUUCCUACUGAAAUACUCUAUCAGUCCAAAGUUCAUUUUAAAAUAGUAUUCGUUUAUUUUCAAACGUCCAUACUUUAAACAGAAGUUCAAAUAUUAAUUUAUUGUUAAAUCUUUGAACUUGUUC